CCUCCUGUCUUCUCUUAUUUCCUUAUCUUUCUUUCAGGUGUAACAUCUACCAAUGGUUGUACAUGACAGAGACCUCCUCCACCUCUUUGCUGUCUUACUAGUCAAUCCUUCUGAUCAGGUCCUUUCCUAAAUAGUGAAAGGAUCAUGCCAGCCCACAUCAAACACCUGAUCAAGAACUUGUGAAUCUCACUGCUGCGGACACCUGUGUGAUAUUCCACUCUGACUGGAACCCUCAAAAUGACAUGCAGGCUCAAGCUCGGUGUCAUCGUUUUGGCCAGUCUAAGGCGGUGAAGGUGUACCGUCUGAUCACUAGAAACUAUGAGAGGGAAAUGCUGGAUAAAGCUAGUCUGAAGCUCGGGCUGGACUGUGCCGUACUGCAGAGCAUGAGUGGGAACAAAGAAGGCAACAACAACGGGCCGGUCCAGCAGUUCUCCAAGAAGGAGAUCGAGGACCUGCUGAGGAAAGGAGCCUACGCCGCCAUCAUGGACGAGAAUGACGAAGGCAAUCGCUUCUGCUAGGAGGACAUCGACCAGAUCCUGCAGCGAAGAGCCACCAUCAUCACCAUCACCAGUUUGCUGCACGAGAAAGACGUGGAGGACCAAGAAAUGCUGGCCAGAUUGGCAAAGACCGGAAGAUACAUAACAGAGAAGAUAAUGGAUAUUAACAAGAAAAAGAAAACAAAUGUUUAUAAUUUCUUUGUUGCUGUUUACAUUUUGAAUUAUAUUUGUUAUUUUUAAAUCAAAUGCAUCUAUUUUAGAUGAUAUGUUUAUUUAGAUGUAGGUUUUUUUGGUAAUAUUAUUGUAUUAAGUAUAAUUUAUUAAAUAAAAAUACUGUUAUGAACACUAUACAAUGUCUUUAUUUUGAUAGUUACCAGAAUACAUUGUAUAUUUAAUACUAACAUAAGCUGGUGAUAGAUAAAUGCUGAUCUGCUGGUAUGCCAGCAGACAAAUAUUUAUAAAGAAAGAAACAGAAGGGAGGAAAUGAUGAUAGCUAGACUCAGAAUGAAUCACACAGCAUUGAAUGGUACGCUGCAUGUCAUGGGGAAAAGUAACAGUGACAAGUGUAGGAACUGUGGAGUUAAAGAAAAAUGUGGAACAUCUAUAAAGCUGAAAGAGAAAAGCUAAAGGAUAACGUUUUAGAGGCAGAGAGGGAAUGGAGUGUGGUUGGUAUUUUGGGAACAAAGGGAGAGGGAGAAAGAGCUACCAGAAAGGCACUGUUUACCUUUAGUGAAACUGGGGUAGGUACAAUUAUCUAACAUUAGGUCAGGAAAGAUCAUAGAUUGUUGUUUUGUUUUAUUUAUUAUGUUUUUUAUUUAUUUAUUUUUGGAUUAGAUCAUAGAUACGUCCAUGAGUUAAGAGAUGGAAUGAUAUGAUGAUUCACACUCAUGUACAGUAGGUGGCGGUAUGCACCUUAAAGUUGUUUGCAAUCCGCCAAAAAACCGAGAGAAGAAGAAGUCAACUGGUUUGCCAACGGACA